AUGCGAAACCGGUGCUUCACCAUCUUCCUUCCCAACGUGGAGAAGACGUUUAUCCUCGUGUUGAGGGCAGAGCGACCGCUUCUUAUUUUUCUCCCGCACCAUUAUGAUAAUCUUUCUUUUCUUUUCUUUUCUUUUCUUUUCUUUCUUUCUUUCUUUCUUUCUUUCUUUCUUUCUUUCUUUCUUUCUUUUGUAUACCUGUCUCUAUCAAUGCCCGUCUCCUUUCUUUCUUUCUUUCUUUCUUUCUUUCUUUCUUUCUUUCUUUCUUUCUUUCUCUUUCUUUUAUCUUGUCAAUCUUGUUUUUCUCUCUCCACCAUUAUGAAAUUCUUUCUUUCUUCCUUACUUUCUUUCUUUCCUCUUGCUUAUUGCAUAUCUAUCUCUCCCAGCGGCUGUCUCCCUUCUUUCUUUCUUUCUUUCUUUCUUUCUUUCUUUCUUUCUUUCUUUCUUUCUUUCUUUCUUUCUCAAACAACUGCCAUGACUCGACAUAUUUUGCAUGAAUUUAAUUCUUUCUUUCUUCCUUACUUUCUUUUCUCUUGCUUACUGUAUAUCUGUCUCUAUCACCGCCUGCCUCCCAUCUUUCUUUCUUUCUUUUCUUUCUUUCUUUCUUUCUUUCUUUCUUUCUUUCUAUCUGUCAAGAUCAUUCAUUUUUUCCCUUCUUUUGUUUCCUCUUCUUCCUUCUCUUUUUCCCGAACUUUCGCUUUUAUUGUCUACCCGCUUUUUUUAACGUUUCCUUCUUCUUUUCCAUUUCAUUUUUAUUUAUUCCUUAAUUUUCUUCAUUUGCCUCUUCGUUUUGUUUUUUUUCUCUUCCUCCUCGUUUUCCUUUCCGUGAUUAUCAUUCUUUUCUUCCUUUAUUUUUGCAUACCUUUCUUCUUCUUCUUCUUCUUCUUCUUCUUCUUCUUCUUCUUCUUCUUCUUCUUCUUCUUCUUCGAAACUCCAUUGUUUUACUUCCUUUUCAAUUCCUUCAUAAUAUUUUCUUUCUUUUUAUCCUCCGCUUUUUCUACUCAUUCUUAUUUUUCUUUAUCCCUUUCGUCUUUCACUUUUGUUUCGAUCUUUUAUUUUCUUCUUCAUCUUCCUCUUUUUUCCUCUUUCUAUUUUCCUUCUUUAUUUUUCUCAUCUUCCUUCUUUCUUUCCGUUUCCUUUUCUUCCUCUUUUUCAUUUUUCCUUCUAUCUAUCUAUCUAUCUAUCUAUCUAUCUAUCUAUCUAUCUAUCUAUCUAUCUAUCUAUCUAUCUUCCAGUCUCUUCAUAUCUAUCUAUCUAUCUAUCUAUCUAUCUAUCUAUCUAUCUAUCUAUCUAUCUCUUCUUCUGUUCUAA